AUGAUGGAAACAACCAACAAGAAGAGUCAGGCAGAAGAUGGAGCAGAAGAGCUUAAUGCUGGUAAUGAUGCAGCCAAUGUGGAUCAGCAGCAAGCUGCUUCAGGCGUGGAUGAGGGAAACUUUUCUGCAUUGCUACCGGUAGAUGAAGCCACGUUGGAGGGGACAGGUGGAGACAGUGAAGCGGAGGGAAAGGAAGCUGACCCGGUUGCAGCCAGCGUGGGUGACAGCAGUGCUGCAGCUUCUGAUCCUACGCGUUUCCCGUUUAAGCUCCACAGAAUGUUAUCAGAGAUAGAAACAGGGUCGCUUGGAAUGGAAGGCAUUGUCUCUUGGCAGCCUCACGGACGAUGUUUCAUGAUCAGGGACAAGAAAGCUUUCACGGAUACGGUCAUGCCCAAGUACUUUUACCAGCUCAAGUAUGUGAGCUUUCAAAGACAACUGAAUCUCUAUGGCUUCAAAAAGAUCUAUGGUCAAGGACCUGACAAGGGUGCAUACUAUCAUGAACUCUUUCUUCGUGGCAAAUCGGAAGUUGCCGGAUCCAUUCAGCGCGUGAAACCCGCCAAGGGAUCAGACAGGACCAAAGGAAAGUCGGAAGAGCCAGAGAUUAAUUUCUACGCAUUGCCGCCCCUUGAUGACAAGGCCAUAUUUUGCCUGGAAGAACGAGAAAAGAUGCUUCUCGAAGAGAAAGCGUCGCCAAAGUCAAAAUCGAAGGGUUCCAAGCGACGCAAGAGCAGGGCAAGCUUGAAGUCGACGGGGAGCGGCAACAGCCCAGCACAACAAGAGACAAAGGAGGAGAGUUCUUCCGCCGGCCUAGUGGAACCAACUCCAUUGCGCGGUGUUGCCGUCUCGGCUGGGGAGAGCCUCGGGGCCCUGUCAGCGCACGCCGGAGGAUCUCUCCCUCCCAUGGAGGCCAAUCUGGCCAACAGUGCUUCUUUGUCUUCCACAUUCCCCAACCCAAGUGGCCACGGCUUGGGCUCACAACAACCCUUUGACAUUCAACAUGUUCAACAGUUACCACCGCAUGCACAAUCCCUGAUGCGGCAGCACAUGGGUAGCAACAUGCCUACUACUGGCAACAGCAACCAAGCAUCAUCUGUUGCAGCCGCAGCCGGCGCAAACCCCUUUGGGAUGAUGAAUCAUCCAUUAUUUGGAAACUUGCAGCAACAACAAGAACAAGGUGCCAUUCAGUCCUUACAGUCGGCCCAGGAACAAAUGGCGGCUCUUUUGGGCGGAGGCGACAACAGUCACGCCGCUGCUCAUCAGUUGAGCGAUUUGGAACCAACUCCCAUAAAACCAGGCAUGCAACAGUUGCUUCCAUCCAUGUCCGCAACGGAACAAUCUUCCAACUUUUUUCAACAGCAACAGAGAAUUCUCCAUCAACUGCAAAAUCAGUCGGGAUUGUCCGGAGUACCGCAAAGGCUGGAACAGCAACAACCGCAACCAGGGCAACAGCAAGGGCAAAAUCAAGAUGCACAGACUGAUUUGCAGUUUCCUUCUCCGCAAGGAGGAGGCGGAGAGGGAGGUCCCAAUGCUAAUAAUAAUUCCUGGAUGGGAUAG